AUGGCUAUUGCUCAGGCUAUAGGAAAUGGUAAAGGCGCAAUUCUUACUAACCAUGGGCUUCUCACUUUUGGAUCAACUGUAGAUCUGGCUGCUCAUUUGUUUACCUUGAUGGAAAAUUGCUGUGAAGUACAGCUUUUGGCCGACUCUGGAUCCACCUGUAAAGAGAAAUCGCAAAUACGGGAUGAAGAAGCUGGAUACACUGAAUACAUGAUUGGUGAUAAUGAGACAUUGUAUACAGAGUUUCAACCAGACUACGAAAUGGAAGUACAUCUUUCUAAAGGAGACUUUCUUUGCAAAGAUUAG